UGUUAAUGACUUGACUUUAUAUAUGAAUAAUGUAUUUAAUACUAAACACAACACAAAACACGUGUUAAUACAGUCUUCACAUAACAUGAUGUCUGGAAAUCAUUGAAUUUGAAGAUAACUUUAUAACAAAUUUAAUAAUAGUUUGUGUCAGUGAUGGCCACACCAGCCGAUGGUCAGACCAGUAGUUAUGACACUCGUAGCGAUUUGCUUGUUAAGAUCGGUGGCCACAAUCUGGUCGAUCGGAAGCCGGUUUUCACUAAUGACUCGAAGUAUUUGUUGGUCGCUUCGGGAAACCAAUUGCGCCGAUAUGUAGUCGAAACGGGAGCUUAUCUGACAUCACACGACUUGGGACACGAAUGCAACAUAAUAUCAAUACAUUUGGUGGACACUAAUUCUGAUGAAUUGGUAGUCAUAUCGAGUGACGGUUUAGUGAUAAUCUGGAAUCUGAAUGAAAACCAUAGAGUGAAUGAUAUAAAUUUAUCAAUUGAUUUAACCACUGAUAAGAUAAUUUGGGCCAAAAUGGUGUCAAACUAUAUAUAUUUUCUGCGCGUUCACACCGAUGAACAGACACUACAAAGUAAUUGUCAACUGUUUUAUUGCCCGAAGAAUAAUGUCCAACAAAAGAUGGUUUUUGGAAACGCUAUUUAUGUAACUCCGGGAACUAAUUCUGUGACCUUUUGUCCUAUGAAUUCGCCUCAAUAUUGUGUAACAAUAGAUAAGAAUAUUCUUUAUGUAAGCGAUUUUCCGGUCAAAAAGUCACUGAAAUUGCGGAGACAUUUGACAAAUGAUGACAAACAGUUCACUUGUGUUGUCAGUCAUCCAACUGAGCCGAUCAUAGCUACCGGUGAUACAAUCGGUCGUAUAACCAUUUGGGCUGACUUUGCUGACAGCAAUUAUCCUUCUCGAUCUAUUAUGCAUUGGCAUCAGUUCCGAGUGCCCGACCUAUGCUUCUCGGCUGAGGGUUCAGCACUUUAUUCGGGCGGAGCAGAGAUGACUCUUAUCCGUUGGGAUAUAACGGGUACUAAUUUUGGACAAAAGAAUUUUUUGCCGAGACUUGGAAUGAGUAUCAAAUAUGUUACCAUUGAUUACAAUAGACAACUAAUUGCCAUCACUCAUGAAGAUAAUACGAUUCAGUUAUUGGAUUCACAGAUGAAAGGUAUUAAAUGUGUGAUUGAAGGCAUGACGUUAGCCACUGGAAAGGAUUGUGGUUUAACUACUGGUUUGUUGUGGAACUCGAAGAUGAAAGCCAUUACUUUGAACUCUAGAACAGGACACUUACAGUUCUUCAGUCCACACAUUCAAAGACAAUUGUUUCAUUUAGAUGUUGUCAAUCAAAAUUUGAUUUCUAAUACCGAUGAAGUGACUGUAUUCCCGACAGAACUGACCAAAGCGGCUGUCAGUGAUGACGGCUUAUGGCUUUCGACUCUUGAAAUGCGUGACGACUUCGAGACUUUACCUGAAAUACGGCUAAAGUUUUGGCAAAUUAAAGAAACAUUAAAAAAUUAUAUCUUAAAUACAACCAUUCAUUUGCCGCACAAAUCAAUUGUAAACUGUUUAAAAUUUGCAUCAAAUUCUCAAUCAAUGGUAUCGACGAGUAAAGACAAAGAAUUUAAAGUUUGGAAUUUAGUUAAAGACGACGACAAAGAAUGGUGGAACUGCUUUAAAGUAGGGAAUCUUAACAGUAUAUCUAUACCAACUCUGGCCAACUGGUCAGCCGAUUCAUCACUACUUGCUGUUGUUUAUGAUAAUUAUGUGACACUUUGGGAUAUUUGUGACAAAUUAGUUCUUCGGUUUAUGACUAAGUUGUCAGUUGAAGACAAAAAUGAAUCCACAAUAAUAUUUGUUGAAUUUGGUCGACAAAACAAAAGUCAUUUUUUGAUUGAAGGCCGACAGACGGAGAUUAAAGUAUGGAAUCUAUUAGAUUUAAGUGUUUUAUGGAAAUAUCAAUUGUAUGAACGGAUUGUUUGUAUUGACUUCAAUCAAUGGGAGAAUAAACUGGCGGUGACUACCAAUAGGAUAAUCCAAUUUAUGUCCAUUGAUUCCGAUGAUGUCAUUGCAACGGUUGAUUUGAGUCAAAGCCAACAAUCAAUUAUCGCAACUGUUUUUACAGAUGAAAUGCCAAACAAUGUUUUAUUAGACAAUAAGAAGCCGACAUUAGAGAAGACACAAUUUUAUUGUAUGAAUAGUUCCCAAGAAUUAUUUGUUUUAUCUGAAAGACGUUCGCAAAUGAGUACACAAGUAAUGAGUUGGCAAACGGAUGACUAUUUGUCACCAAUUGCUGCGAUGCUUAUGAAUAAAAAGGAGAGAAAAGAGACUCUUAAGAAUGACGAGUUUGACAGUUAUUUUAAAACUAAUUUAAAACUCAGUAAAUUAGUUAACGAUAUGUUUUUUAAUGUGCCCUCACAUGUAUUGCCACCAAUUGAUAUAUUAAGUAAAACAUUUUUGACGGCUUUAAAUAAAUGUAAAGAUGUUAAACAAGACAUCAAAGAUGAAAGAUAUUUUAAAACUCCUUCAGAUUUUGACAUUAAGCCUUCAUUAGCUCUAUCUUAUGAUAAUCAAAGUGACAAUCAGUCAAAUUCUACAAAUUUGGAUACAAAUGAAAGAGAAAGUGAUGUCAAAUAUAUGACUGUUGAUGACUUAAAUGAAGAAUUGAAUGAAUUUAUCGAUGAAGACUAUUCGUGGCUCAAACAACUCGAUUCGAGUAAUUAAUAAUUUUAUUUAUAUAAAAAUACAAAUAUAAUAAUUGUUAUA